AUGUCAGCAAAGGUCAACAAGCCGACGGACUUGAAGCAAAAGGAGGCCGAUGUCAACCGCAAGCUUCAACUCUACGGAAUCGUCUCCGCUUUUCAGGCUGGCAAGGUUCCAUCGAAUGACCAAAUCGAUGUCGCCCUGAACAGUUUCCUGGCCUCCAAGGCCCUGUCCAACCCUCCCGAGAAACUUUCCGCUGAGGGCAGAGCGCUCGUCGCCGACGCUCGUGACGUUGUAAUUCAAGCAAAGAACCUUUUGUUGUCCAAGAACCAGGGCAACCUGCUCCAAGACUUUAUCUGGCAGACCGAGCAAUUCGACCCCAAGGCGGUACAAGUCCCCGGCGCUCCCAUCAACAAGGAGGUUGCGCAGCAGCAUGGCGACAAGGCCCUGGAGGGUCUCCGCACUCUCGGGACCCUGAUCAUCACCAACGGCCAGUUCCGCAAGCUUCUAAAGGAUGCCACUGUCCUUCUCCGCGACAUGGCGGGCGAUGCCGCCACCAGCGCUGCUCAGCGUGUUCGCCCCUCGGGCGAGGCUCUUCAAGAAAUUGACCGCCCCGCUGAGGACAACACCUGGCACGAUGCACCCGACUUCUCCAAGGAGAACUUCAAGAAGCAGGCUCAGGGUGUCUACAAGGGUUCCCCCAUCGAUGACGCUCGGGACAUCGCCAAAGCUGGUACUCAGGCUGCCCACCCCAAUGGAGCGCAGAACCCCCAGGAUUUGGCUGCGACUGCCGCGCGUGAUCAACAACAGGGAACCAACUCUGGUGUGGAUGCGCAGGGUGGCAUCAGCGCUGCUCGCAACGUAAUCGAGAAGAAGUACAAUGAGAACGUUGACGACGAAACGAAGGAGCAGGCUCGCCAGCGCAAGGAGGAGUAUCGCCGCCGCGCCAAGGAGUACUUCAACAAGAAGAUGCCUCAAGAACGCAAGGAGCAGACCAUCUGGCGCCUGAAGAAGAUGGUGCUUGAGUGCCAGCAGCAUCCCGAUUAUUCUCAGGCCAUUGAGACUCUUCUCAACCUCGCCGAGGAGUAUGCUGGCCACUCACGCGCCAUCGCUCAGGGUGGAACUGGCACCGUCAAAGAUGCUCGUGCAGGUCUUGCCCAGGCCGAGAACGACCUCAAGACCCUCAUCGAGCGCUUCGCCAACGGCACUUCUACCGAAGACCUUUUUGAGUCGAUUCAGCAGAUCUACCGUGAUGCCGACAACGACCGCGAGCUCAAGGACUGGUUCAAGGCUAUGGACCGCUACGUCCGUCGCUGCCUCCUCGAGCAGGGAUACAUUCUGGACGAGGAUUCCAACCAGGAGUGGAACCACCUCUACGACCAUGGUCGCUACUUGCUCCGCAACAAAUACCGCGCUCAUACCGACCGUGUUUUCGACGAGAUCAAGUUUUUGAUUGACCAGUUCGACCAGGACCCCCAGAACAAGCGCUUCGGCCAGGCUGUUCAGAAGUUGUUCACCGACCUUGGCAACGAUGAGAACGGCAAGCCUACCUUCAAGCCCCACCUUCUCAAGGAUCUCUCAGAGGUCAUCCUUCCCUCCAUCUUUGAGAAUGUGGCUUACGUGCCCAUCCCGCGCAUCGAGUACUCUGACCCCCAGUUCGACGCCGUAAUCGAGAACCUUGUUCUCGAGUCUGACAACUUCAUGCCCAAUGUCCUCGAGGUUAACAGCGAGAACUACUUCCUUUGGGGACGCAAGAAGAUUGCCAGCAAGCACAAGCAAUCGUUCGAGGUCAAGGUCGCUGGUGUUCAGCUCGACCUGCGCGACGUCAGCUACCACGUUAAGCGUAAGCAGGGCUUCCCUUCCAUCACCGACACUGGUGUUGCGGACAUUCUCCUGGCAGGCGAUGGCUUUUCCUUCAAGCUGAAGCUUUCUUCUGCGGAUAAGAAGGAUAGCCAGAACUUCUUCAAGAUUGAUAAGGUUGAUGUGGACAUCAAGAACAUGAGCAUCAAGCUCAAGCAGUCCAAGCACAAGCUUCUCUUCAGCCUUUUCAAACCCAUCAUGCUCAAGGUUCUUCGUCCUGCUCUCCAGAAGGCUGUUGAGAAGGCCAUCAAGGAUGAGGCUGCUCAGUUGGACAGCCUUCUUUUCCAGGUCAAGCAGGAAGCUGAUCGCGCUCUCGAUGAGGCGCGCUCUGAUCCUGAGAGAACCCCCAACAUCUACAACCGCUACGCAACUGCCAUGCAGAAGCGUGCUCUGCAGACCAAGCAGAAGGCUCAGGAGGUUGCUGCUGACAAGAAGGUCAAUUACGCCAUCACCAAGGAGGAUUCCAUCUUCCCCAACAUUAACCUUCCUGGUGGCAUCAGCACAAAGGCAACCGAGUACAAGGAGUUGGCCCGUAAGGGAGAGCGCUGGGAGAGCCCUGUCUUCUCGAUCGGCAAGGCUAACAAGUCGACCGACAUUCCUGAUGCGCCCCGCAUCGAGCGCAAGAAGCAUGGUCUGCCUACCCAGCAGGGGCAGUAUGCUCCUCACGGUCAAGCCAACGGUGAUUUGAACGGCAACCUGAACAACAACUCAUCUUCGCUGUACGAUGCCCACCCCAACGGUGGCCUCAACGGCAACGUCAACACCCUUUCCAGCCCGGCUCAUGUUAGCGGUUACUAG